GCUCUGUGUCUCUCUCUAGUUCGUUCUCACACUAGAAAAAAGAUUUGUGAGGACUGAGAGAGUGGUACAUCUCUGGCUCCGUUGAACCCCAGUUCGAGCUCUGAAAACCCUAGAUCAUGCACCGUUAUUCAACAAGAUGACUGGAAAAGAGAGAGCCUCUUCACUAUUGACUGGUUUCUCUAUGUGGAAGGAAUUUGGUUUACUUGCAUAAUUGCGUAUAUAUUAGUGAGUAAUUUUCAUUGUUCUGGAAGUUAUAGGAUGAUAAAGGCUUCAAGUCUCUCUGUGGUGUUGCUCGAGAAGGCUAGCACUAGAGUUACUUAUUUGUUACUCAGUACUUCACUGCUUUAGAGAAAAAAGAAGAAAUACUGUGGGUUCUAGAAGGAAGAAAGAAGAGAAUUUAGUGGAGUACUUGUUUGGUGCUUUAAUGCGAAGAUCCAUGUAAUGAUAUACAAUCAUCUGAAAUGGAGAGGAUUCCUGAAUCAAAAACAGUUCCCAGGAAAUUGCCUGAGGUGGGUCAGUUGUCAAUUGUACGUGGAAAUGUGGUAAGAGAGGAAGAGGGUCCAUCCAGUGCCCGUGGAUCUCAAAGUUCAGACUCACCCGCUCUAUUGAAAGCAUGGAAAGGGAAAAGCUCUCGCCAAGAACCAAGGGAGAUUACCCCUGAUGUUGUGUUCUUUAAGGGCAGUGGAGAUUCCUGUGAAGAAAGUGGUUCUAGUUCUUUCGCUGGGGCUAGUCAUCCCCCUGAACCAGUCGACACCGAUCUGAUGAGAACUGUCUAUGUACCAAUUGGUCAAAACAAAUCUGAGACUGGACGUUUGGUGAAAAGCUUGUCCAUGAAGGGUCCUUUUAUAGAGGAUCUUUCCCUCCGGGUUCCUGGCAAGAAAUCAAAUACAGCAAUUCUUUCACCUGCAGAAAGCCUGGUUGAAGAACAUAAUGAUUUGGGUACAUCAUCUUCUCCAGUUUUAGUUCCUCGUGCAUCGCAAACUACAGAUAACACACUUUUACCACCAGAUUCGGAGGAGAAGGAAUGUGUUUGGGAUGCAUCUUUGCCUCCCAGUGGCAAUGUAAGUCCUCAUAGUAGCAUUGACAGUACUGGUGUUGUCACUGCUAUGAGCAUUGUCAACAGCUGUACUAGUACAUACAGGAGUGAUGGGAUUACUAGUGAUGGUAUGCUUAGUAUGGAAAGGAACUGUGAGAGUGCUAAAGGGAGUGUCAGAGGAGACUCACUUGAAAGUGCAAAAACUAGUGUUAGCCGUGCAAGUGAUAGCAGUGGCCUUAGCGAUGACAGUAAUUGGAGCAAUAUUACUGGGAGUGCUAAUAAGCCUCACAAAGGAAAUGAUCCUAGGUGGAAGGCCAUUCUUGCUGUAAGAUUCCGAGACGGAAUAUUGGGUAUGAGUCACUUUAGGUUACUCAAACGGCUUGGAUAUGGUGACAUUGGAAGUGUUUAUCUCUCUGAAUUGAGUGGGACCAGAUGUUAUUUUGCUAUGAAAGUAAUGGACAAGGCCUCACUGGCGAGCAGGAAGAAAUUGACAAGGGCUCAAACGGAAAGAGAGAUACUGCAGCUGCUGGACCAUCCAUUCCUUCCAACUUUAUACACACACUUUGAGACAGAUAGGUUCUCAUGUUUGGUCAUGGAGUAUUGUCCAGGAGGUGAUUUGCACACUUUAAGGCAGCGGCAGCCUGGGAAACACUUCUCCGAGUAUGCUGCACGGUUUUAUGCAGCAGAAGUACUUCUGGCCCUCGAGUAUCUCCACAUGUUGGGAGUGGUUUACAGGGACUUGAAACCAGAAAAUGUUCUUGUCCGUGAUGAUGGCCACAUAAUGCUGUCAGACUUUGAUCUCUCCCUAAGAUGUGCAGUCUCACCUACCCUGAUAAAGACUUCCUCAUUUGAGUCAGAUCCCUCAAAACGGGCAGCAGGCGGUGCAUUUUGUGUUCAGCCAGCAUGUAUUGAGCCUUCUUCUGUUUGCAUCCAACCAGCAUGCUUUAUCCCGCGGAUCUUUCCUCAGAAGAACAAGAAUAAAACUCGAAAGCCCCGGGCUGAGACUGGGCAGCCAGCCAGCACCCUGCCAGAGCUUGUAGCUGAGCCGACAGCAGCCCGGUCCAUGUCCUUUGUUGGAACUCAUGAAUAUCUGGCCCCAGAAAUUAUAAAGGGAGAAGGUCAUGGCAGUGCUGUGGAUUGGUGGACAUUUGGUAUCUUCUUGCAUGAGCUCCUAUAUGGAAAGACCCCAUUCAAGGGUUCAGGAAAUCGUGCAACACUGUUCAAUGUGGUUGGCCAGCAGUUGAGAUUUCCAGACGCACCCGCAACCAGUUACUCUAGCAGAGAUCUGAUCCGAGGCUUGUUGGUGAAGGAGCCCCAGCACCGUCUUGGGGUGAAGAGGGGAGCAACUGAGAUCAAGCAGCACGCAUUCUUUGAAGGUGUGAACUGGGCGCUAAUAAGGUGCAGCACGCCACCUGAGGUGCCAAGGCCAGUGGAGACUGAGCUGCCUGGGAAAUUCGGGGUAGUUGAUACUGUUGGGGUGGGGAGCAAUAGUAAGAGGAUGGCAGGAGUAGACAUGAAGUCCGGGGGUAAGUAUCUGGACUUCGAGUUCUUCUAAUAUUUGGAUCAUCAUGAUUCUUAAUCGGUUGUAUUGGCAUGUUUUGUUAAAUUAUAAAGAACUUGCCU